UUCCCAAACAGCAUGGCGAACCUCGAGCAUGCAGAAGACCACCCAAAACAUGUGAACAUGUCCCGUGAAACACCGGGCAGAGACGCGGACGUCGUCUCGUGCGCCAUCCCGUCGUUCGCAGCCGCCUCCGAGCUGCUGUCAGCGCCGUACUCGUGUCUGGUCAUGAACGCGCACCGGAGACACGUCACCCUGCCCCCCAUGUACCUGAAUAAGAAGAGGACCGGUAUACAGGAGGAGCUGGAAGCCGAGCUGCUCCGGUUCUCCCAAAGUCUAAAGGGAGUCCCCCUGGCUUAUGAAAACAUCAGGAUAGUGGGUCCCCAUGGAAACAUCUACGACGACAGCGGCUACAUCCACAUGGACGUAGAGGCCAACUUUAUUGUCUUUCAGCCCGAAAAAGGACAGAAACUGCUGGGUAAAGUGAAUAAACUAGGAAUGAGCCAUGUGGGCUGCCUGGUGCACGGCUGCUUCAACGCCAGCAUCCCCAAACCCAGCCUGGUUUCUGUGAACACCUGGUGGGCUGCAGGGCCGAGAAUCGGAGCGGAGAUGGAGUUUGAUGUGACUGCUCUCGACGCUGACACUGCAGGGGUGCUGCUGAUCAGAGGGCAGCUGGACAGGACCAGGGUACAAGAGCUGCUGGCUAUUGGUGAGAGCUUAGAGUCGGGCGUCCCUGCAGACCAGCCAGAACCACCAGAGACAGAACCCACCGAGGAGUCUCCUGUAGACACCCCCAAGAAGAAGAAAAAGAAGAGAGACAAAGUCAAGGAGGAGAGAGAUGAGGUGACAAGUACACCUUCCUGCCAAGUGGAUGGCAGCACAACAUCAGAGCUGAAUGGAACAAUCACUGAAGCAAAUGUCAAUGGAGCUGGAGAGAAGAAGAAAAAGAAGAAGAGAAAACAUGUGAAAGAAGAGGAGGAGGAGGAGGAGGAGGAGGAGGAGGAGGUUGCAAUCUCUACCAUGGAGGUCCACGGCAGUGACUCCAGCGGUUACCUUAGUGACAAGCCAAGCAAAAAGAGGAAACAUGAAACUGCUUCAGCUGUUGCAUCUAGUUUUAGUAAUGUUCCUGAACCACCAAAGUCCAAGAAGAAGAGAAAGUGACAUUGAACAGCUGAAAUAAAUAAUCGUAUUCCAUUUGGAAUUUGGUUAAAUUUUGUGUGUGUGAUGAGGUCAUACAACAUUAAUGACGAUAAGGAAUAGAGAGACGUGCCUUAGCAAUUAAACUUUUUUUAGCAGGCAGGUUUUCUGUUUGGUUCUGAGUUCUUGUCAUGCUUGCAGAAGAACCUUCAGCAGCUUGCGGAAAAGCACACUAGAGGAUGUAAGCCGACUCGACCGAUCAGUCCUCAUUGUAAGUGCAACUCUCUCUCACCACCUGUGGGGGGAGCAAAGCCUCUUCAAGACACAAAAACACUGGAGUGAAACUUCUCAAACUCAUCUGUUAAACAAUGUGCUGAGAUCAAAUAGGACAGGGCUUUGCAUUGACUUUUAGAGCCAAAAGGGAAAUGUAUGUUAUUACUGCUCUGUAGCCGCUCUGUGCAGUUUCUCCUGCUUGUAUACCGAAGAAGGAAGACUAGGCAACUGAGACCGCUGAGCUCGGGUUAAAAUCAACAGAAAUUGACAUUAUUCAUUUCUCAUCCCAAUUAAAAAGCUCUAUUUUUGAAUGUU